UCUGUGCACCCAUGAGAUUUUGAAGUCAUCCAAGUGACCCUCUGCAGGGGUGCUGAAAUCUGCUCUUAAUUCGCAUGUUCUGGUAACCUCCAUUUAGCAUAGGGGCACAAGCAGUAACUUAAAUUUUUUAACAGGAAUGAGCAAUUGUUUUAUGAUCACAUAAACAUUUAAUUAAGGUAGGCAAAAACAUUUAAUUAGGUUGGAAAGAUAUUUAACUACUGCAGAACUUCAGGGUCCAAUUUUUAGUCCCAGAAUUAAUGUGCGUGCUUUCUUUGUAUUCAGCAGGAAGAAGGAUGUGAAGGUUCGAGAGUUUGGGAGGCUGUACAGAAAUAUUCUGGAGCAGAUGAUAGACACAAAGUGCUGGAGUAACUCAGUGGGUCAAGCAGCAUCAUUGGGGAAAAAGAAUGGGUGACGUUUCGGGUCGGAACCCUUCUUCAGACCCGAAACGUCACCCAUCUUUUUUCCCCAGAGAUGCUGCCUGACCCGCUGUUUAUCUUCGGUAUAAACCAGCAUUUCUACACAAAUAUUCUGGAGCGUGCCUGAAUCAAGGAGCGGGGAGUGUUAGAAAUAUUGGAGCACAUUAGGGCAGAUGAAUCCCCAGGGUCGGAUGAGAUCUAUCCCAGGAUGCUAAGAGAAGCGAGGAAGGAGAUGCCUGGGGCUUUAAUGGAGAUGUGUGUAUCUUUGAUAGCCAUGGGUAAGAUGUCAGAAUACUGAAGGACAGCUCACAUUGUCCUCUUACUCAAAAAGGACAUUAAGGAUAAACCUGGAUAAACAGGCUGGUGAGCUUUACAUCAGAGAAAGUUGUUGUUAAAGAUUCUGAGGAAUAGGGUGUAUAUUCGCUUGGAAAGGCAGGUAUUGAUUCGGAGACACCAGCAUGGUUUUAUGCAGGGGAGAUCAGGUCUCACAAAUCUGAUGGAGUUUUGUGGAGGAAACUAGAAUAGCGUGUGACUUGUAGGGGAUUCAGCAGCUGAUGUAUUCUCAUGUAUCCGCUGCCAUUGUCAUUCUUGAUAAUAGUUUGGGAGAUACUAUAAGAACAGAUUGACGGGCAGCACAGUGGCGCAGCGGUAGAGUUGCUGCCUUACAGCACUAGGGACACUGGUUCGAUCCUGACGUUGCUGUCUGUAUGGAGUGUGUAUAUUCUCCCUCUGACCACUUGGGUUUCCUCUGGGUGCUCCGGUUUCCUCCCACAACUGAAAGACAUUCAGGUUUGUAGGUUAAUUGGCUUUGGUAAGAUUACAAAUUGUCCCUAGUGUGUAGGAUAGUAUUAAUGUACGGGGUGAUUGCUGGUCGGUGUGGACUCAGUAGGCCGAAAGGCCUGUUUCCAUGCUGUAUCUCUAAAGUUUAAAGCCUAAAGCUUAGUUAUGUAACCAGAGUUCAUUUUGUAGAUGAUACACAGUGCUGCUGCUAUGUGCCAGUGGUGUGGGGAAUUAAUGGUUAGGGUGGUUAGUUGAGUGCCAGUCAACACUGCUUUUCACUGGAUGGUGUGGAGCUUCUUGAGUAUUGCUGUGAGUCUGUACUCAUCCUGACAAGUGGAGACAUUCCAUUACACACAGGACUUGUGUUUCUACACCUCCAUGUGCCCUGGGGACCAGCUAUUAUUGUACGUCCAUCCCAAGGCAGUCCUCCCAAAGUGCAUUACCUCACACUAAACAGGAUUAAAUUCCAUCUGCAACUGACCAACUGAUCAAUGUCUUCCUGUAACCUAACAGCUUCUAGCCUGUAGAGAGUGGAAAGAAUAUGUGGUAUUAAGAGAUGAGUCACUCAUCAGAGGAUAUCUAUCCUGUGACCUGUUCUUGUAGCCACAGUAUUUAUGUAACUGUUCCAACUGAGUUCCUGGUCAAUGGUGACCCUCCCCCAAGUAUGUUGAUGAUGGAGAAAUCAGAAGUGAUAAUGCAAAGCACUGAUAGUUGGACUCUCUUACUGGAGACGGUCAUUGACAGGCAUUUUGAUGGCAUAUCUGAUAGUUGCCACAUCAACCCCUGCCUGAAUGUUGUCUCGGCUUUGCUGACAGAAGAAAGGUUUUAAAGCAGCUACAGAUGGUUGGGUCGAUCGAGUUUAUUUAGCAUGUGUGUAUAUAUUUAUAUUAUGGUAUAUGGACACACUUAUCUGUUUUGUAGUAAAUGCCUACUAUGUUCUGUGUGCUGAAGCAAAGCAAGAAUUUCAUUGUCCUAUACAGGGACACAUGACAAUAAACUCACUUGAACUUGAACUUGAGGUUACUGCCCUGGGAGCUCUUGGAGUGACCCUGAGACUCUUAACAACCACAUCCAGUCUGCUUUAUGUGAGGAGAAGAUUUGGAGUGGAUUAAGGCUAAACUGUUACUCUAACACAACAGAAACAAACGGCAAUAAAAAUCUCAAGGAGCCGUGAAGUGCAUUUAUAGAACCCACUGCUGAACAAGACAACCAUGUGUCUGCUCUGCUUUGCAUAGCGCUGUGGGAAUUCUUGCAGGCACUCAACAUCCCAGGAAUAUCAUCCAAUGCCAUGCCCACCAAAAGUUAAUUCUCUUCGGCUGAGUAUCGUAUAUUUUGCGUAACUGUUCAUUGGAAAAAUAAUCCAAUAUUUUUAAAAGGCUUCUGGAUGAAAAUAACCCUUAACCUCCACCGUGAAAUAAUAAUUCACCAGGGAAAUGGCAGAAAACUUUGACUGUGCCGCCCAAGUCCAUGGCUUUGAUCUAGGUGCACGUUACAUUGACUUGCAGCCUUUGGGGUACGGCGCCAAUGGUUUGGUAUUUGCGGCAAUAGACAGCCAAAGCUACCGCAAAGUUGCAGUGAAGAAAAUCACUAUUAGUGAUGCUCAAAGUCUAAAACAUGCUCUGCGGGAAAUCAAAAUUAUCCGUCGAUUGGAUCAUGACAACAUAGUAAAGGUUUUUGAGGUUCUUGGUCCCAAGGGAAGUGAUAUACCUCAAGAUGUUUAUAGGUUGAGCAUGGUGUAUAUAGUCCAAGAACAUAUGGACACUGACCUUGCUCGCCUUUUGGAGCAGGGACCCCUUUCAGAGGAGCAUGCUAAGCUUUUUAUGUAUCAGCUACUUCGAGGACUUAAGUACAUACACUCAGCCAACAUACUGCACAGGGAUCUAAAGCCUGCCAAUAUCUUUAUCAAUACCGAAGACCUUGUGUUGAAGAUCGGGGACUUUGGAUUGGCAAGGAUUGUGGACCCACAUUACUCACAUAAAGGUCAUCUUUCGGAAGGUUUGGUAACAAAAUGGUAUCGAUCUCCACGCCUCCUUCUGUCACCGAACAAUUACACCAAAGCCAUUGACAUGUGGGCUGCAGGUUGUAUAUUGAUAGAAAUGCUGACUGGAAAGAUGUUGUUUGCUGGUGCACAUGAGCUGGAACAGAUGCAGUUAAUUCUGAAAACAAUUCCUGUUUUCCGAGAAGAGGACAAACAAGAAUUGCUCCGUGUCAUGCCCGCCUACAUCAACCCAAAGUGGGAGGUAUCAAAACCCUUAAGCGAUCUACUUCCUGAAGGAAAUGCAGAAGCUAUCGAUUUCCUGGAAAGGAUCUUGACAUUUAACUCUAUGGAUCGAUUAACUGCUGAAGAAGGCCUAGCACAUCUCUUUAUGAGCCCUUACUCCUGCCCACAAGAUGAACCAAUAUCUCAGCAUCCUUUCAGAAUCGAAGACGAAAUAGAUGACAUCCUGCUGAUGGAAGCGAGUCAGAGCCAGAUGUCUAACUGGGAGAGAUAUCAUGAUAGCUUCUCUUCUGACCUGGAGUGGCUCCGGGACAAAUAUGGAGACAUGGAUGAAGUGCAGCGAGAUCCAAGAGCUAUGUCCAAAGCUGUAGCAGAGGAUGUGCAGAUCGACCCACGUAAAUAUUCACAGAGUAGCUCGGAGAGACUCCUGGAGCAGUCUCACACAUCAAUGGAUCGAAUGUCUGAAAUGGACUAUGGACGAUCGUGCGAUUAUAAAAUCGGAUCACCCUCUUACCUGGAUAGACUAUUGUGGAGGGAUAACAAGCCCCAUCAUUACUCCGAACCCAAACUCAUUCUGGAUUUAUCUCACAGGAAAAGAACAGCAACGGCCUCGUGUGUGGCUGUUUCGCUGGAUGAAGGGAAAUCUGACCUCCUUUUGAAAGUCUCAGAUUAUAAGAAUGGCGGUCCUUUAAAAAUUGAUUGCUCCAGCUCAUUGCCAAACAUUCAGGAAAGGAGUCAGCCGGCAUCGCCGCGCACUCUGGCAUCUUCAGAAAUAUCAAGUGGAGGAGGCUCACAAUUUGAUUUUGAUGUCUUCAUAUCCAGAGCUCUGAAACUUUGUGGGAAACAAGAAGAGCUAGCCGAUAAUAAAUUGAAUGAUUUGAAUGGCACUUGCAUGUCAGAACAUGCCAAUGAAAUAGUCCAGGCAGAAAUCAAUGAAAAAGAAAGAUGGUAGAAUACAGCAUUAUUGGAUAUUAUUGGAGCUGCUGCAUUGGGGUGUCAGUUUAUAAAGAUGGUGUCUCAACAAACAAGUAGAAUAACUUAAUGGAAAUUAAACUGGAAAAUUAAUUAUUGGGGGUGUGGGCUGUUUGAUCCAUUCCGACCAAGAAUCACUGCUUCAUUCAUUUGCAAGGUAGCUGUAGUAAACACUGAUGACCUGCUAAACCUGGGAUGAUUAUAACACAAUUUCAGCAAAAAUUAAAGCUCAUAUUUUUUGUGUAUUUCCAGGCAAUGAAUUUGUCACUGUGUACUGAUAGUUUCAAUUAAUUUGCCUGAAAAAUCGAUAACUUUAUGUGAUGCAUGUACAUACAGGUUACAUUUUAGGUUGAUACUAAUGAAUUAGGGGUAAUACCAUGGAAGUUGUGACAUUUUUCUUUCAAAGGCUAAAUUAUUUUUUUUUACUAUUUGAUGCCUUGUUCAUUUGCUCUGUCCAAUUCUAGCUUUCUGCCAUGUUUUUGUGUGUGAAAUUGCCCAAUUGGAAUAUUUCCAUUUGCCCCAUAUAACAUCUCAACUUCUUUGGGUUAAUUGUAAUCUUUGAGUUAGAAUUUAUUUCCCCUUUAUCACAAAUGCAAUUUAUACAGAAUCCUGAUGGGAUUUUAGCUGGGCAUGGUAUUCGCUAAAGAUGCUAGCCUCAAUGAAAUCUGAUGGGACAGAAUUAGUAGUUAUUUUCUAAAUAUAAAAUAAUAUUUUUGGAGAGCCAGGAGAUAUUCCAUGUGCACAAUGUGGGCUGCUGUAUCCCAGGCUUUCCACUUCAAUGACUGAAUCUCUAUAUCCCCAACUUUUACAUUAUUGGAUUGGCAGCUUUAAAAGUGCCAAAGUAUCUUCAUUACCCUGUUAGAGAUUUAACCACGGUGUCUCUGGAAGGCCCAAUUUAGCAGUCAACUGCCCAGCCAGGAGUUAAAAUCUAGCCUCUUGUAUGCUGUAGAUGAGAUAACAUUUUGGAGUUCUGGACUGUUACACCACCUAUUGGUGUGAAAAUCCUAUUACUAUCUUCUCAGAGGUGAAAUUAUUUACAUUUAUUUUUUUAAGAGAGCUUGCUUAUUUCUUGGGCUGAAUAAUUAUUGUAGAAAAAUGAAACACUUCUCAACUCUGCCUUUGUGAAGCAUUCCCUUAUCAAAUAUAAUCCAGACUGAAGGCUCUGGGUUUCACAUUCUGUUCAAAGGGUACACCUUGCUUGCAAGCUCAGAAAAUCUUCUGGUAGACAAAAAUGCUGGAGAAACUCAGCGGGUGAGGCAGCAUCUAUGGAGCGUAGGAAAUAGGCAACGUUUCGGGCCAAAGCCCUUCGUCUAACUUGCACCAUGGUGAUCAUUUUCCAUUGUAUACAGCUACACAUUUUAUGACCAGUCAGAAUAUCACUUAAUGCAAAAGGUAGACAAAAUUGCUGGAGAAACUCAGCGGGUGCAGCAGCAUCUAUGGAGCGAAGAAAAUAGGCGACGUUUCGGCCCGAAACGUCGCCUAUUUUCUUUGCUCCAUAGAUGCUGCUGCACCCGCUGAGUUUCUCCAGCAAUUUUGUGUACCUUCGAUCUUCCAGCAUCUGCAGUUCCUUCUUGAUCACUUAAUGCAAAAUGGCAUGUGGACCUGUUCUGUCUCAAAAAUGAGUCGAGUUGCGACUGGUUGCACUGAAUUUAAACUGGGGCUGAGCAGCAAAAAUAAACUGCUGCAAGAUUUCUUUUUAGUACUUAAAAAGGCUAAACUGCUGAAAAUACAUCCUGAAGAUUUUCAAUCUGAUCUAAAGUGUAAUGUAAAUGCAGGUUAUUUUUCAAAAGCUUGCAGGUAAAUAUUAGGAGUGAAAAAAACUACUGAAAAUUGGAAAUAGUGCUCUUCCUGAUAAUGCCAUUAUGCUGUGUUUGUCAUUUCAACAGGUACUGUAUAUUGCAGCGAAAAAUACAUUGAGACAUUUUAAUUGAUACGAGAAACUAAGUGAAUUCUGUUCAGCAAAUGUUGAAAAAAGAGCUAUUUGGCAUAAUAUUCUUGGGUCCCCUGGCCACUUAGAUGAGACUGAAAAAUAAAUAAUGUUAAAUGCGGUAAUGAAUCGAUGCAUUCAGGAAAUAAGUGUUCAAAAUGACAUGGAUAAGAUACAUGUAUUAUUGAAGGUUAUCAAGGGGACUGAGCCAUGAGGACCAGGAUAGUACCUGUUCCCUCUCUUGAAUCCCAUGAGCUAGACAGUUCAAUCAAGGCAGCAAAGGAGCACUUCAACAUUAUUUCAGCAUUGGGUCCUUUUUACAUCUAGUCUUACAGUGUAGAAAGAUACGUUUCAUUCCUCACUCGAAGGAAAACAAACCCAGUCCAUCCAGUAUUUCCUAGUUAUUAAAAUGACUUUGACUAUAGUACUGGGAAGAAUAUAAAUUAUAAAAUUGGAGGUAUUUGGAGGUAAUACAUGGGAAAAUUCAAUCUUCAUGUAUAUUGGGCAAACCAGAUUUACAUUAAUAAGGAUCAAGGUGACUUCACAAAUGUAUUCAUGAUAGAUUAAAAGAUCCGUAUAUCAAGGAUGCAAAAUGUAACAGGCUAAAUUGGAAGUGGUAUUGUGCCUUCAGGCAAGAUUAAUUAAUAACCAUGCAUUAGAGGAA